GAACUAAAAAGUAAAAUGGGAGAAAGUGGAUUUAUCAGUAAAAUUUCCACCCGUCCCGCCGAGUCCUUCUUCUUUGGAGCCACUUUUUAGAUGGACCACCCAUCCACCAUUGCUGUAGCACAGCUAGUACAUUACACGAUUCACUGCCGGAGUCAUCUGCUCACCCAAGUACUCUUGUUCUUUUCCCCUUUUGAUUUUUUACAUUCUUUUCGGUUUCCCCCCCCCAUUCCACAGUAAUAGAUACAACCAUUUACUAUUUUCCCAUGUACUUGGAGAUCUCACCGAUUGCAUCUUUCAAAGCAAAAUUUGAAAAAAGUUGGAGAGCAACUUUUAAAUUCCUUUUUCUUUUCUGGGUGUUUGUUGGAAUUGAAUAUGGUAGUAAAUUUUAUCGGUGUUGAAGCUUCAAAGUUUUUAAUUUAAGCCAACCCCAUGUGCUAUCUUUGCUCUAUCAACUUGCCUUGCUCGUUUUAUACUGUUCAUAACCUUACGUACAACAAGUGACUUUCAGACCAAUGCUGACAAUGAUUUAAUGAAAUAUCUGCACGAAUUUCAACAAUUUGCCAUUGGACUGUCUCUAUUGGUGUCUUCUCUACUUUCUAGGAUCAAUUCUUUGACAACCCAGAGGGAUAAGCUAUUCUGGGAUCUGAGUUCUUGAGUUGUUUUUUCCACGAUCAAUCUCAAGAUCCCAAUUCCUCAAGCGAAAAAACUUGCAUUUCUUUCACUUAUGACGAUGAGUCAUUUGUUUUUCCAUCUAUUUUUGCUUCUCUCUUUCGUGGCUAUCUCCUAUGGAUCUUAUAAUGCCGAGCAAGAAAGAGAUAGGAUUACCCAAUUGCCAGGACAACCAAAGAAUGUGGAUUUUGCGCAAUAUUCUGGCUAUGUAACUGUAGAUAAGCAAGCUGGGAGGGCAUUGUUUUAUUGGUUGACCGAGACACCAACUAGCCGUGUACCUAAUUCAAGACCUCUUGUAUUGUGGUUGAAUGGUGGCCCUGGUUGCUCUUCUGUUGCCUAUGGAGCAGCCGAAGAAAUUGGACCUUUUCACAUUAAGCCCGAUGGGAGGACUCUUUACUUGAAUCCAUAUGCUUGGAACAAGUUGGCAAAUUUGCUGUUCCUCGAAUCCCCAGCUGGUGUUGGGUUUUCUUACUCCAAUACUACUUCGGAUUUGUACACUGCAGGUGACCAGAAAACAGCUGAGGAUGCACAUAAAUUUCUAGUGAAUUGGUUUGAAAGGUUUCCUCAGUACAAGCACAGAGAUUUCUACAUUGCUGGAGAGAGUUAUGCAGGCCACUAUGUUCCUCAGCUAUCACAGUUAAUUUAUGAAAGAAAUAAAGGAAUUCAGAAUCCAGUCAUAAAUUUCAAGGGAUUUAUGGUGGGGAAUGCUGUUACUGAUGACUACCAUGAUUAUGUUGGCACAUUUGAGUACUGGUGGACUCACGGUCUGAUAUCUGAUUCUACCUAUAGAUUGUUACGAAAAGCUUGUGAUUUUGGAUCCUCUCAGCACCCAUCAGCAGAAUGCAAGAAAGCUCUUACAGUUGCAGAGUUUGAACAAGGAAAUAUUGAUCCAUAUAGCAUUUACACUCGUCCAUGCAAUAGUACCGCAUCAUUGAGGCAUAACCUAAGGGGCCAUUAUCCAUGGAUGUCCAGAGCCUAUGAUCCCUGCACUGAGAGGUACUCUGUAGCGUACUUCAACCACCCAGAUGUUCAGAAGGCAUUCCAUGCUAAUGUUACUGGGAUAACCUACCCAUGGAGUACAUGCAGUGAUCUUGUGGGAAACUACUGGGCCGAUUCUCUGCUCUCUAUGCUUCCAAUAUAUCAAGAACUAAUUGGUUCUGGUAUCAGAAUUUGGGUAUUCAGCGGAGACACCGAUUCAGUGGUUCCCGUGACAGCAACACGAUAUUCUAUUGAUGCUUUAAAGCUCCCUACUAUAAGCAACUGGUACCCUUGGUAUGACCAUGGGAAGGUAGGUGGGUGGAGCCAAAUCUACAAAGGUCUGACAUUCGUUACCGUGGCCGGAGCGGGUCAUGAGGUUCCGCUUCACCGUCCUCGUGAAGCAUUCAUUCUUUUCCGAUCAUUCUUGGAGGAUAAACCCCUCCCACGUUGAAGACUAUCACAAUCAUAUUUACAGCAAAAGAAGAAUAGAAAAAGUUUAUGUACAGACAAUCUCGGAACAAGACCGGAUUGUGAGAAGCAGCAUUCACCUCGAGUGCCAUUAUUCUUGAUUUGAACAUUACCAUUCUUAUCUUAUUAGCUCUCCAUUCUUUACAUUCUAAUAUGCCUUAUGAAGACGUUUCACUCAACAGAUGUAUUGCUAUUCGGCAGACAAUUGUAUCAAAUAAGGUAACGUCAUUUAAUUUGUUUGGGAAUAACAAAGUCUCACUUUCAGAGCUUUAAUA